CAAACUAUUGGCGUUCGUGUAGACUUACGAACGCUUAGAAUCAAUCAGAAAAUAUCGUUCGUUUUGGACGAUGUGGGCGUUAGUUUGUGUCAAUAUGGCGAAUGGGGAAAUGUUUAUCAAAUAGUAAAUAAUUUAUUGGAAAUAACCAACGAUGAUUUUGGUAAUGAUGAUAGUGAUAAAUAUGAUAUGAUUGAAGACAGUGAUAAUGAAAUGGAGUGGGAAUAUUGUAAUAUUUACUUAAAUUUAUUUUUUAAAAAAGAACCCAUACCAAGGCUCCAAAAUUUGUUGAAGAGAUUAUUCCAGCUUUUAUUGAUAAAGAAUUUAAAUCUCACUUUAGGUUAUGUUGAUCAACAUUUAAUUUUACCUUUGAUACUAUUAAACCAUCGUUAACAAGAAAAAUUUCAGGAUCUUCAAUGAUACCACCCGAAAAACAAUUAUUGAUUACUAUAUGGAAAAUAGCAACUCCAGACUCAUAUCGGUAUAAUGGGCUCGUUCAAGUUUAUUUUAUGUACAUGAUCUGCUAAGAUCUCCCAAGAGCUUAGUCACGAAGCCUAUCUAGGCUUCGUGAGCUUAGUAUAUAAACUUGAACGAGCCCAUUGUAAUUCAAUGUUUAGUUCACCAUUACGUCUCUACGUAGAUUCACUUCUUGGUUUCACGUGCAGACAAGUUCUGAGUCAAGCUUAUAACAUUCUACGCAGUACAUUUAUUCUGAAUGAUAAAUUUAAAAAUAUUCCAGAAUAACAGCGUAUUGUUUUAAUUCUAUCCGAAGAACUUUUCUAAUCCUGUAAUUGAGCCAUGUCAAAUCCAGAUCACCAGAUGGUUUCUGAACCGCACCAGUCUGCAGACGAACUUAUGGCUAAGUAUGGUAUACGUCGUACAUGUCACUGCGAUAUGUCUAAUGAAAUGGUCAAACUUUUAGACCAGGAAAUCCAACGUUUUGACGAAAAAUCUAGAGCCUUUUGGCUCCGUCACUCUAAUUGUCAUUCUAUCGACAAAUUUAAAUUGAUGGAACUAAUGAUUCAUGAUCUAGGAAAAUUUGAUACUAAGGUCACUCAGCCAGAAGAUAAUCUUUGUUGGAAUUCUCCGAUUCUUUAUCAAAGUAUUAUCGAUCAUCAGAGUUUGAACAAUUAACUCGAUUAUUUUUAUAAUUCAUAUAUUCAUAUAAUGUUAUUUGGAUAACAAUACUAAAGAAAAUGAACUAGUUGAUCUAUUUUCAAUUGCCGCGUCAAAACCAGGAAAUAACCAGAUGGUUUCUAAACCGCGCCAGUCUUUUGAGGAAUUUAUGGCUGAGAAUGUCAUAAAACCUACAUGUCAUUGCGAUAAGUGUAAUGUCAUGACAUUACAUGAUCAAACUUUUAGAUGAGAAAAUCAAACAAUUUAACAGAAAAUCUAGAGCCUAUAAUCACCGCCACUAUUACCGUGAGGUUAUUGACAUACCUAAUGUGUUGGGGCGAUUGAAACAUGAUGAAGGAAAAUUCGAAAAUAAUGUCACUAAGCCAGGAGAUAAUCCAUGUUUGAAUACUCCUCAUAUUAAUGACAGUUUUGUUAAAUAUGAGACUUUCAACAAUUAUAUCGACUAUUUGGAAAAGAAUGCUGAAGAAAAUAAAAUAGCUGAUCCAACUUCAAUCGCCACGUCAAAGCCAGAAAAUCAAUUGGUGGACUGUACACUGCGAUGGGAUCCUGAGGAUUUUAUGGAUGAAAAUUACAGAAGGGUUACAGGUCAUUGCGAUAAGUGUAAUGUCAUGACCAAACUUUUAAAUGAGAAAAUCAAACGAUGUAACGAAAAAUCUAAAGCUUACAAUCGCCGCUACCAUAAUCGUGAUAUUGUCGACAAACAUAAUAUGUGGGAGCGGUCGAAAAAUAAUCUGGGAAAAUUUGAGAAUAAAAUCACUGAUUUAGGAAAUAUUUCUUGUCUUAAUACUCAUGAUAUUUAUGCUGAUCCUGUUGAAUAUGAGACUUUAAACAAUUACAUCGACUAUUUGGAAAAGUAUGCUGAAGAAAAUAAAAUAGUUGAUCCAUCUUCAAUUGCCACAUCAAAGUCAGAAAAUCACAUGAUGGGUUACAAUCCGCAAUGGGCUUCCGAGAAAUUAGUGCCUGGAUAUUACAUGAACUCUCAAUGUCAAUGCGAUGAGUGUAGCAUCAUGCGCAAACUUUUAAGGUAGUACGGUUAUGAAAGCAAUAUUUCAAGAAAUCCUCGAAACUUUGAAUAUAAGUCAUUAAAUACAUAAUACAUAUGCUGUUAAAAUUUGAAGACGAUUUACCACACCAAGCUCGAGAUAAUUGCAAUUGAAAAUGACAUUUUUGUACAUGUAACAUAGGAGAAGCGUGGGAAAAUGACAGUAUUUUUAAUUUUUUCCAUCGAAAGAAUUUCAAGACUUUAUCAAAAAACUAGUAGAUUGAAGAACAUGUUGUUUCGAA